AUGCCUAAAGCAGAAGAUGGCCCAGAACCAAAAGGUCCAACAGUUGCUACUUCGGCUAACCAGUGUCUCCAAUCCUUCCAAGAAUGUCUUGUCUCUGCGUCUUUGGUCAAUCCUAAAGAACUCGCCAUGAUAGAGGAUCAGGUAGCUAGAUUCUCCAGCUGGAGUACUAGUAUUGGAGUAUUCGCCUCAGGUUCAUUAUCCAUGGAUCAUCGCUUGCGACAUGCGCCAGAAGUUCAGAGUGUUGUGACCGGGUUACUUGAGUCUUUAAACUUUCAAUGUCAGGAAUGUAUACUCGCCACCAUCUUAGAAUCGUUAGAAGCAGGCGAAGGAUAUGUUCCCGCUGAGGAGUUUCCAAAAUCACUUAACGAGAUAGCGGCUGAGAUUGGUCGCCUCAACAAGAUCUCAAACACUAUUCGUCGCGCCAGCAAAGAUACGCAAGCCCUGACUGCCAGCAAGUUCUAUAUCAAAGACGAUGAAGGAAACAACGUGGAGGAAACUCUUUUGGAUAAUUUCAAGCGUCACAUCAAUGAUCGUUUUCCCAACCUAGGCGAGACUAUCCAAGAAAGGAUGGCUCGCACAAUGCUUCUUCGGAGAAAACGAAUUCUUUACAGAAGACAUCGUCAAGACAGUGUAUAUUCCAAAGCUGAGGAUACGAUCCCUGCUUUUUCAAUCAUGUUUCCAACCGCGAAGGGUGUCGCUUCUCUCGCACAGCUCAAGUCUAAACACCCACAAACUAGCAGCACUGUCUCAAAGCCAGCCACUACAACCCCUUCACAAAUCCAAAGUGCGACAACACUUGCUCCGGACAAGUUCAAAAUUGCCGCCUCAACCCCUUCAGUCAUCUCGGCAAGUAAGACAAUUGCUUUCGGCAGUCACGAGAGCCUUCUCUUUCCUCCGGCGCCUGGUCACGCUCUCAAGAAGCGAUAUGACCAACUGAAGAGUCAAAGACUCGCUGAGUACGAGCAAAACUUGAAUUCUGAGAAGAGCGAGGCCAACAAGAAAUCAACGGUACAGGAGCUACUGGCAAAUGACCUCCAGAGCCUCGGGGAGAUUACAUGCCCAUAUUGUCUAUGCACUCUCCCAGCUGAGGAAGCUUUCGAUGAAAAUAAGUGGCAAAAUCACGUUAAGAAUGACCUCGAUGCCUACAUCUGUGUUUUUGAAGACUGUGAUCAGCCAGAGGUAUUGUACAACCAUAGCGACCAAUGGCUGAGCCAUUUGCAACAGCACCGCAGAUUUUGGCGUUGCCCUUCCCAUCGUGACUUGGAGCCAUUCUCUUCUGGUGAAGACUACAUAGCCCAUAUGCGAGAGGUUCAUGCGAGCAAAUUAAGCGAUAAACGACUUCGGGCCAUGGCGAACAAAAACAGUCGUAAAAUAGCAAAGCUAUUUCCUUCAUGUCCCCUUUGCGACAAAGAAGAAUCUGAUAUUAACGCUCGCCUCGAAGAUCAUCUUGCCGGACACUUACGCUCUCUUGCCCUCAAAUCUCUACCAAGCUACCACGAAAACAUACCUAAUGAUAAUGAGGAUGGCAACAACAGCAUAGACAUAUCCAGACCCAAAAGCAGAAGCACGGUGAGGGAUCUGAGGGAAGACGAAGACUAUGUGCCCCAGUACCUUUUCACUUCUCAAGAGUUUUGGGAUCGAUGGAGGCCACCCUUGGUUCAAGCUCCAUGGUCGAACUUCUUGGAUCAGGUCUACGAGGAUCUCGACCUGAUAGUCAAUGAUACCAAUUCAUUCUUCGACACCUACUCCUUCCAAGAUCUGCCCAAUAACCUCCAGAAUGACAGGAUCAUUCAGCACAUCAUGCAAUGUCAAGAAAAGCAGCGAGAAGCUAGCAAUGAUGAGCACAGCAAGGAUCGCAACGGUGUAGGACUAGAGAACACACCAGCCAUUGUUGAAACUCGGCCCAGAAGGCAACUGGGAUCCUUCGACAACUGGGCAACAAAUGAAGCCAAAGCAACUGAGGAAUUACCAACCCCCACACUGUCACCAGUGAACCCAAACGUACAAGAGACUGAUGGAUCAGCGAUAUCCCCAAGCGUGACAAAAUUAUCAUCAUUUUACGUUUCACAACAUAGUGUAGUCGCAGAAUCCGAGAUAUCUGAUCGUCGUCGACCCCUCAUUAUUGAUCAGCAGCCCUCUACAAUUCUCCCUGUUGGGACUGAACCUGUCCGUAAUCCUUACACUGUGGGCUAUACUCGCCUUAUCAGCAGUGCGCCAGAACUGUUCUCAGGCAACCGCGAAGCAGCAAGGCAACGACGGCGAGAACAAGACGAGCGGGAGGAGGCGGAGUUUGAACAGCGUGUGCGUCUGCGUCUGCAGCUGCGAAUUGCCGAAAGAAAUGCCAAGAUAGCUUCACGGCCAGUCGCUCCAGCUCCUCCGAGCCCAGACCAAAAGUCUGAAAAAAGCUCUCAAAACAGGAGUCAAGAUUUAGUCGAACAACCUGAGCGCCGUGAUAGAAGAGCUCGUCUUGUCGCCAUACGGAAGGAACAAGAGGAGAAGGAGGAGAAGAAGGAGGAGGAGCGUUACAGAAAGCUGCUCAGGGAACGAAUGCAACCUAGGCGUCGGUUAACAACUGGUCGUGACAGCCAGAGAUGGCCAGAGUUUAGCAAUAGCGACGAUAAACCAGACUACAACGGUGAAUCCUCUGAGCAGAAAGGAAGACCGAAUGCGAAUGCAGAUGAAAAUCGAUAUAACAUUGAGGGAUAUACGACAGAUCCAGGCAUCUAG